CACUCGGCCAAAGUUAUCGUUCGAAAUGUGGAGAGCGCCGCGUUCCCACACGAACGUUACAUGGAAAAGCGUUUACUUCAACGGAUUUUCCAUAUUUUCAUUCUUCGGUUUUUCACUGCACGAUUCAAAUAUCUCACGACGAUUUUCUAUUCAAAUAUUGUAUCGCAUUCAAUCAGCCAAAUUUUUCGACAUUAAUUUUCAAUUGAAUGCUUAAAUCAUUUUCUAUACAACCACUAUAGGUAUUUAUAGAGAUAAAAAGCCAUCCCUUGUGUGAAACAGUAGCAAUUAUUGCUGCGUUAAAUGUGGUGCGCGUCCGGUUGUUGCCCUAAAGAUUAUUUUCCAUGUUUGAUAUUGAUGCAUACUGGAAAAGAGAAACACCAUACACAUCGAAAUAAUAUCGCACGGAAAACUGAAGUGUAGGAAGAGAACAAGAACAAGACGAAGAGCAAAUCAGCAGCAGUGGCAAAAAGCAGAAGCAGCUGAAGGAGAAAAAUGGAUUUUUGGGUGAAAAGUGAAAACAUCGCGUAGUCAAAUUGUGUGCGAGAGCAUUUAACAAACGUUGUUCUGUGUGACAUAAAGAGAGAGAAAAUAUGGCGGACUAUUUGUACAAAUUGUUUUUCCAUACAAAGUCUUCAGCCUGAUGAAAAAAUAGCAAGGAAAACGAAAAACAAGUGAACAAAAUUAUUGUGCAAUUAUUAUUUUUUUUCGUUUCAUCAGUGAAAAUCGCCCACAAUUUCAUAAGUGAAAAGUGUUAGAGAAUCGAAUUGGCAACAAACGCUAGAUAAAUAGAUAAUUUAAUAUUAGUUAAUUCGAUUUCUGAAACUAAACAGUGAUAUAUACAACAAUAUAUUAGAAAAGUAAAAAAAUCAACAACAAAACGCUCAACGCUCUAAUUUAAGUGAGUGAACUGUAUAUUUGUAUGUGCUGUAGAACAGGACAAAAUCCAAAAUCUACAUCAAGUGAGCAUUCGAAAUUCAAUAUCUAUGCGUUGAUAAAGAGAGAGAGAGAACGAUCGAUUGACGGAAAAGAACAGUGUGAGGAUAGUCAAUUGGAGGAUAGUUGUCGGCGAUUUAAACGAAAGAAAGAAAUAAAAAAAACCCAACAGCAGCAGCCAACAACAACAACCAAUAAAAACUCUCAACCAUAAGUUGUUCCGUUAUUUGUUUUUGUUUGGUUUUUCAUUUUCGACUGGCAUCUGUGUUCGGCCGCAAUCAACGGCCGAAAUUUAAAAAGUUUUCAAAACGUUUUGCGUAGAAGCGAUUCGCACGAUGGGCUGCGCACAGUCAGCUGAAGAGCGGGCGGCAGCAGCUCGUAGUCGUUUAAUUGAACGAAAUCUCAAAGAAGAUGGAAUUCAAGCAGCCAAAGAUAUUAAACUUCUGCUAUUAGGUGCAGGAGAAUCCGGCAAAAGUACAAUCGUUAAGCAAAUGAAAAUUAUUCACGAAAGUGGCUUCACAUCUGAAGACUUUAAACAAUAUCGACCCGUGGUUUAUAGCAACACAAUACAAUCACUAGUUGCAAUUUUAAGAGCCAUGCCUAAUCUAAGUAUCCAAUACGGCAACAAUGAAAGAGAGAGCGAUGCUAAAAUGGUAUUUGAUGUAUGUCAGCGAAUGCAUGACACAGAACCAUUUUCCGAGGAUCUACUCGCGGCAAUGAAACGACUGUGGCAGGAUUCUGGUGUUCAAGAAUGCUUCUCACGAAGCAACGAAUAUCAACUUAAUGAUUCCGCUAAAUAUUUCUUGGACGAUUUAGAUCGAUUAGGAGCUAAAGAUUAUCAACCGACCGAACAAGAUAUAUUACGAACAAGAGUGAAAACUACUGGAAUAGUUGAAGUACACUUUUCAUUUAAGAAUCUAAACUUUAAAUUAUUCGACGUCGGUGGUCAACGAUCUGAGAGAAAGAAAUGGAUUCAUUGCUUCGAAGAUGUUACCGCAAUCAUCUUCUGUGUCGCAAUGUCUGAAUAUGAUCAAGUAUUACAUGAGGAUGAGACCACGAACCGAAUGCAAGAGUCCCUCAAAUUAUUCGAUUCUAUUUGCAAUAACAAAUGGUUUACGGAUACAUCAAUUAUCCUAUUUUUAAAUAAAAAAGAUCUUUUCGAAGAAAAGAUUCGUAAGAGCCCACUGACAAUUUGUUUCCCUGAAUAUACAGGCGGUCAAGAAUACGGCGAAGCGGCUGCCUACAUACAAGCUCAAUUCGAAGCUAAAAAUAAAUCCACCUCAAAAGAAAUCUAUUGUCACAUGACUUGUGCAACCGAUACCAAUAACAUUCAGUUUGUAUUUGAUGCGGUCACCGAUGUUAUCAUAGCAAAUAACCUUCGAGGCUGUGGUCUUUACUAAAGCAACACAAAAAUUACAAAAAAAAAAAUAAAACAAAUUAACCCUAUUUAGACCUACACAUGAACCACAACUAAAACAAACCAACAAACAAAUAAAACCAAGAAAAUUUAAAAACGAAACUAAGAACAAAUGCAUCAAACAUACCAAAGUGAACAACAAAACAGCAACAGCAACAACAACAUCCACAUACCAAUACAAAAAUACACUCUGAACGAAAAGAAAAAAAAACUAAUCAGAAUCAACGUCAUUGAGGAGCAAAACCACUUAUUUCUAAAAUACAAAAAAAAGAGAAAAAAAUGAAAGAAAAAAGCAGCAGAUGAAAGGGCAAAGAACUAAAAAUAAGAGUAAUGAAAAUGAACAUGAAGCCAUUAUGUAUUAUAAAUGCAUAUUUAUGUAUUAUAACAUAUUUUAUAUUUAUAUCACCAAAAGUCGUUGUUUAAUUUCCAUGAAUGCUCUGCAAAAGGACCAUUUAUAAGAUGUUCUGUGGUUUUGGGUAUGAAACAAAAUUUGUCGAAUCGAAAUACGCGUGUGUAAUGUGUGUGUGUGUUUGUUUGCUACACUGAUCCGUGAUUUACAAAUUGAUUUGUGAAUUUCGGUGAGCAAAUUGUACCACAUGCCCCACCACCCGAUCGAUGACAUCCAAGCACACAGAACUUCUCGGAGUCAUACGCAUAGCUUUCAUGUUUACAUAAAGAAAUAAUAUUAAUUCAUACGCAAGAAAAAUGAUGAAAAGGAGAAAAAAGAAAUCAGUCGAAAGGAAGAACAACUAAGCGUUACUUCAUUAGCUAUUCUAUUUAUUACGAAUACAUCCGACGAUAGAAAUUGAAACAAACCAAUAAAAACACAAACACACAUACAAACAAACAAAAAAAUGAUAAAAAAAAACCUUCAACCAAAAAAUUUGUGAGGACAACAACAAACAAAAAAAAACGCGAUAGAAAGCAAGAAUAAUUGCAAACUCUCUAUAUUUCUUUCGUUCAUUUUUUUCUCUUGAGCGUCUGUUUUGGUUUUCAUUUAAUCAAUAAAAAAAAAUUUAUAUAUAAAAAAAUAUAAAUGUAAAGUUUUCGCAAAAUCCAAUCAAAGGAAAAAAUUAUGAGAAAAAAAAAUGUCUAAAAAAACAAACCCAAAAAAAAAAUUGAAAAAAAAUGAACAAAAAAAUUGUGACUUUUCUAUAAUCUUAAGAGAAUGUACCUAUCUUAUACAGUGUACUCAUACUUGUAGCUGAGUACACUCAAAAAAAUGUUCAAUAUCUUAUUUGAUUAUUAUAUUUAAUGGCAAAAAAAAAAAUUGAUGAAGAAGAAGAUGAAAAUCUCUGACGAAUGUCAACAAAACAAAGCAGCAAACCGAAACGACAGCCAUAGAACCGACUAAACAAAUGGUUCUAGACUUACACAAAUUUCGAAUCGCCGAGUGAGUCAGUCACCACACACAAAACAAACAAAAAAUAAUGCGCUCACAAUAACACACAAAUUUGUCAAACACUUUACACGCCAACCUGAAACAACCAAUACACACGUUCACACGGAUAUUGUACAUAAUUAUUGAACGCAGUCUCAACAACAACAACAACCAAAAAUACAUUUAUUCAAAGCAUCUGACAACAAACCAAAUACCAAACCAUAUGAUUGAAAGAAAAAAAAACAAUUCAACAAAAAUCGAUCAUGAAAAUUCAUCAUCACCAUAUCGUGAUAAGAAUUGAGUUUGUCUUACAUAGAAAAAGAAUUACGUAAUAAUUAAUUGCGGCACAGCCAAAAUUACUUCAGUCAUUUUCCCUUCAUAUUUGAGUUGUGGUUGUUUUUUCUCCCUCGGUUUUAUUUGGCAUGCGAAUUGUGGCACAAACACAAGCACACACAUAUGCAGAAGAAAAACAAAAGAGCAGGCAAACGAAAAGUUCGAAUGCAAAGAACGCGCAAAACUUUUAUUACCUAUUUAAUUCAUAAGAGGAACAAGAAGAUGAUGAUGGAACAUUUUAUGAUAAUGAUCUGUCGCUUAUACACAUACGCCGGCACAAUUAUCGACAAUUUGCUUGUCGUGCGCACAUCAACAAACCAAGAACCAUCAUUAAAACAAAUCGCAUAACGGAUGCUAUUGAAGAAUGCCUGUGUCCAUUCAAGAUAAAUAUGAUGUACAAGCCCAAACUACACAAAAUGAUAAACCAAUUUGCAACAAUCGCCAAAUGAACCUAUGGAAAAACACACACAUUAACAAAUCGCCAUUCAAAUUCACUGCAUCCGUUGUGCAUUUGCAAUUGUGAACCAUUUUUGCCCUAGAAAAAAUAGAAGUGAUUUUCGCAUGUUCUUGACUGAUCGCAAUUAUAUCUAGAUCGAAGGUAUGAAAUGAAAUGAAAUGAAACCCAAGACUUCUUUUCAGUGCUCCAUGUAAUAAAUGAUCGUUUGAUUUGGAACUGCCACUCAGCAUUUUUGAAGCGUUCAAGCGUUUAACUAGUCAAAUGAAAAAAAGAAACCAAAUUGUUAUGCCAUAUGAAGAGCACCACUUGCAUAUUGUUCCUCUCUCAUUCUCUCUUUUUCGCUGUCUCCAAAUCCAUAAGUCAUUACAAAAGUUUUGUUGGAUCGGGUCCUGUUGAACAAAGUAAAAUGUAACACGGUGACGAGGUGAUUCAAAUAGUUGCAUAACAUGCGCGCUGUUUACCAUGCGCGCCCCAAAACCAACGGUGGUGGCAGUUUAAAGUGAUGAAAUUUGUCGAACCAAAAACAAAUACCAACAACCAUGAACAUUGCAGUAACAAUGAGUAGGAAAAAGCAUUCAAUUUAAUAACUCAUAGUAACAAUUGCAAUGAAUUUAGAAUUCAUUUAAACUUUUCACAUUUCAAAAUGAAAGGAAGAGAAAACAGUAGACGAGCAGAAGAAAAACACUUCAAAAUUGAACCUGUGCCAACAUUUUGUACUUUAUGGGCUACUGCUAUGGAUAAUCUGCAACUGAAUCAAAAACUAAACUAGCUAACUAGACAGAUUGAUCAUCAUUCGAAACUGCCCGCAAAAAUGGGCACAUUUCCACCGUUGUUGCACAAAUGAAUGACGCUUCCCGACAAAAUGCUUUUUUUUCAAGCAAAAAGGGCAAUUUCCGUAGACAAUUAGAAUAUUAUAAAAAAAAAUGCUCGUCGAGAAUUUGUGCAUCGAUUCAUUGCGUAACACAUCUGAUAAAAGGAAAGAGGAAGAUUUUUCUACUUUUCAUGCAGCUGAUGUAAACUGUGUAAAUCAAUUAGUGCGAUUGCUAAUUUUCUUCAAGAUGAGAGAAAGAGAAAAAAGAAAAACAAGUGUGCUGUCUAAUUUUGCCGGUGAAACCGUUCUAAUAAUUGUUUUAAAGGGAAGUUGUUGGAAAGUGUUCGUGGUUCAAGUCACACAAACACACAUUAAUCUAGUUAAAAAAAGAAGCAAUUACCUAGCCAUUAGCGAAAGAAAAUGUAGCUGUAGCAAAACAUUAUCCCAAAUAAAAACCAUCGUUGUUUUCCUUCGUUUCACCCUAGUGAUAAUUAUAAAACACAUUUAUUCGUGUAGACCAGUGUACAGUUAAAAACACACAAACACACAGAUCAGCUACUAAAAAUCAUCAGUUUCUUUUCUUCCUUUUUGACGAAAGCCCUUCGCUGGUGCUGAGCCGAAACGGGUUGAUGGAAGCGUUUGUUCACUCUCUUUUUUUUUGUCAGAAUUCAUUUGCGACGGGCCAUGCAUUUCAUUUUAAAUCAAAAGACCAACAAAUCAACAAUGAUCGGCUCAUACUCUUCAAUUGCGAUUCCGAAUAAGCUUACUUUAAUUUAUACCAAUAGAUGUAUGUUCAUUGACAAAGUGAAGCAAAAUGCGAGCAAACAAACUCAAUAUUUAUGUGCGAAAACUGUAAAAAUUGAUUGACAUUUCCUCAAGCUGAAAUAACCAAAAAAAACCUUUUGAGCGAAAACAAAAAAACUUUGUCACACAAAGCGACACAUACAAAAAAAGAACUGCUUAUUUCAAGAAAACAAAAUAGUGAUUAAAUGAAUAAUUUAUCUACAAAAUUUAGAAUGUAAUUGAUAGCAUCGUUGCAAAAAUAAAUACACAGGCGCACACACACAAUGACAUAAACACACUCACAAAAAGAGAACACUCUCAGCUAAAUGAAGAUGAAGAAGAGCACAAGAACAACAACAACAACAACCAGGCAAACUAAACAGACGACAAAUUGCGUUGAGUAUUUUUUCUAAAAAAAAAAAUCAUAAAUACAAACUAAUCAUUGAACGAAAUAGAGAGCAUCGUUUGCCAUUCGUGUAUAAUAACAAACAAACAACAACAAUUUGUAGACAUUCAAAGGAAUAACAAUAUGAGAACAAAACAAAACAACAACAACAAAAAAUAUUAUAAAUUUACAUGCUUAGAUUAACUAAUGUAUUUUGUUAAUAUGAAAGUAAUGCCAAGUGGGUAAUAUUUUGCGGGGAAAAGUUACAGAUGAUGUUAGAUGUGCGCUCGUGCGGUCGCGUGAAUUAACAUUCAGUUCAAUCGUUUCUCCCUUAGCCAUUAUUUGACAUUCAUGCAAGAGCAAUUUCCAUUUCAACUAGGUUUCCUCCUUAAAUUUUCACUAUCUAUCGCGUUCUCUCCCUUUUUCUAUUUAUUGCACACUGCCAAGAAAGAAAAAAUGUACAAAUUAAACCAAAAAAGAAUAAAAUGAGCAAAUUGUCGGCAUGCUAGUCAUUUUUUGUCUAAUUAGUUUUUACCUUGAACAAUGCCAUGCGACCAGCUGCCCGAUCAAAAUGGUGCUUGCGUCGAAAUUGAGUCAACCAUUCUUUUUUUUUGUUUUUUUUUUUCUCAAAGGGAGGGGGAACUAUACCCUAGUCAAAUAUCUAAUUCAAUAAGAAACAACCAUUUGAAUUGUCCUCUAUUUUCACGUGUCAAAUGUUUGUGAAGCAAUAAUGAAAGCUGAGUGGAUAUUCAAUGUCAACAAAUUGAACAUCAACAAAUAACUAUACUUGCAAAAUAUUUGCGCCCAUUGGCUUUUCAUAUGUUAGAUGGUAAUUUAUAUUAAACUGAUAGUUGAUUUAAAAUUUAUAAUGCAAUUUAAAUAGUAAUAACGAUAAUAAAGAUGAACAAAAAGAAAAAUACAAAAAAGUGAAACAAUUUGUAAACCAAUGAGACCAAAGAGUAAGAGAUAUACAACACAUAACACACACAAACACACAAAAUGGAAACGCGUACCCACUAAUCGAAUAAAUAAAAAAAAAAACAAAACCUUAAAAAAAAUAAAAUGCAAAGCAAAAAUUCACAAAUACACAAAAAAAAACACUAAGCUGAAUGCCAAAAUAAAAACAAAAUGUGUAAUUGAAUCACGAAGGAGCACCAGCAUCGAUUGCGUUUUCGACUUUGAUCUUAGGCGGUAGGCACAAUAAGGUGUUCAUCUAAAAGCCUCAAUUGGCGGUUUUGUAUGAGCAGCAGCAAAGAAGAAGAAACAAACAGCAAGAGAUUACUUCACACAAAUCAAUGUUGAUUUCAAAACAAAUAGUCAAAUACCAAAAAAAAAAUGGAGAAAACCACACAUAAUUGAACUAGAAUUAAAUAAAAUCUUCUUCACCAAGAGCAAAUGAAAAGAAUGAACAUGAAGAUUUAAGAAAAAUAAAGAAAAAAAAAAUUAUGUCAGUAUAUUGAUAUUGAGUGUUUAAAAUUUAUUUAUAAAAAUUAAAGAAAGAAAAAACAAAUUUAAAAUAAUAAAUAAACCGUUCUGAUGUGAAAGGUUCAUUUUGAAAUUUGCAUUUUGAUGGAAUAGGAAAAUAAAGAGAAUAGAAUACAACACACAGAGAAAUGCAACAGCUGAUUCUAAAAGGUGAAAUAGAAAACAAGGGCAAAAUAAGAGCAGUGAGUGUUCAAGGGAAGAGAGAAGACUGUCGACUGUUGAACCCCCGUGCCGAGUGAGAAUUGAUGGUCAAAGUCACGGGUCCUUUUGACGACAGAGUGCAAAUGCCAAUAAAAUGGCAUGAAUUUACUUUUUUUCUCGGUAUUUGCGCUUUAGUCGAAGUCUCAAGUCGUUUUCAUUUUCAUUGAAUAACAUUUUCUGAGCGCCGUUUCCAUCGCUAACACUAAAGACACAUCAUCACUUAAACAGAUAGUCGAAUUUUUUUACUAUCGAAUAAACUCAGAACAAAAUAGAAGAAGAAGGAGAAGAGAACAACAAAUCAAAAUAGAAAUUUCUAGACACAAAUCACAAUUCAAUCGCAUCACACACACAAACACAGAAUAAACGAAAAUGAAAUUCGCUUAAAGUCAUCUUGUGACAACAGAACAUUCACGGCAACAAUAAAAAAAACCAAGAUAAUGAAAACGACCAUACAAAAAGAAACGAAAACGCACGCCUACCUUUUUACACUCACUAAAACACACACAUACACAAAAUGUACUACUAAUUAGUAAUUAAAUGAACACACAGAAAUCAGCCGAUGUUGUCAGUGAAAUUGGCCGGUCGACUCUGUAGACGACAUGGCCAAAACAACGGAAUAGGAAGCAGAUACAAACACACAACAACAACAAAAUUUAAUAAAGAUGAAUUAAUAAUUUAUUAUAAUAGAAACUUGCAUUUUUUGUACAAUUUCUGUAAAUUAAAAUGAAGAAAAUCACACACACACACACACAAACAAAAACACAUAAAUAGCUACUUAAUGGUCAUCUAAAGCAACAAAUUCGAAUCCCUCUGAUGAUGAACCGAGGGAGAGAGAGAGAGAGAGAGAGAGAGAGCUGCAUUACAUUUGUUUUUGUGCCAAUGGCAACUAUGAAAACCAAAUAGAAUCGUAUUUAUGGUGAAAUAACACAGCAACCAGAUGAAAUCAAACUUUAGAAAUUGACUAAUAGCAAUAGCAAAAGCAACAACAACAAGAAAAAAAAUAGCUCUCUUAAUCUCACACUCUCACUCUCACUCUUUUUUCAUAAAAAACAAGCAAAUCGUCACAUUUGCGUUUGAUGUGUGUAAAAGGUUUAUUAAUUAUUUCGUCUAUCUCAAUCUAUUUUUUCAGCAAAAAAAAAAUACGAAACCAAAAAAUAAGAAAAUAAAUCACAAUUUAAUAGAAAUGAGAUCGAGUACGAAAUAACUAUGGAAAUUGACAAAAAAAAAAUAAGAAUAAAUCAAUAAGGAGAUAAAAGAAAAAUCGAUAAAUACUAAUUAUAUUUAAUUAAAAGAAUUGUGAACAUUAUGCCUAGAAGUAAUCUAAUUGAAGGGAAAUAAAGCAAAGAUUAAAGAAAACAACAAUUUAUUCAAUGUGAAAGCUGAGAACACGAAGCCAAGCGACUAACACUAAAUGAUGUUCGAACGAAUUAUAUUUUGUUUUUAUUUUAUCGGGAUAUAAUACCAGUAAUUCUGCUUUUCGUUGCUCUUUUAUAUCAGUGAGGCUUUUGGCAAAACACCAAAAACUAAAAUGAGAUACAAAAUCUCCUAUUGAAAUACAUUAUAGUACGGAAAUGCAAUCUGCUCGGAAAAUUAUAUUAGCGAUUCAUUCAAUCACAUUCAUGGUAUCAUAAACAACAUUUCCGAUCCAAAAAUCCUCAAAUGACAUUCGCUAAUUCCAAAAUAAAGUGAAACGUGAGUAAAAGAGUAAAAUAUAAAUGAGAAAAUUUUUGUUGCAAAAGUGAACAACAACAAAAAAGCAAAACCAACAAAAUGAUUAAAUUUCCUGUAGAAAAUUGUAUUUAAAAUAUUACAAGAAAUUAUUCAAAUAAAAUGAAAAAUGUAAAAAAAAA